AUGCGGAGCACGCAACUCAGAACCACGGAAAAACUUGUCAUGCUUGCCAGCCCACCAUUGCAGUGUGCUCAUUAUACCCUUUCUUGCAUCACAAGUCUCCAGACGACCCAGACAUAUUUGCAUUGGAUAGCCACAGUACCUGUACGAUUACAACCAUCAAAAGCUCGUUAUGGCGUUCUCAAACGUUACAUUCUCAAGCGUUACAUGAAUUUGUCAUGCAAGAAUGGCAAAAACGAAAGGAGGGAGCUUGCGCGUCUUGCAUGACAGAUUUGGUACAGAUUUAGACGCUGUUUCGCCAUUCGAGAACUUGUCAUGCGAAGCAGCUCGAUCGUCUGGUGGCUCAUGGUCAUUUUGCAUGACAAAUUCAUGCAACAGUUGAGAAUGUAACGUUUGAGAAUCCCAUACUCGUGGAGUCGGAGCUGAA